ACUGGAUUUCAGUUUUAGAUUCAGCGAAAGUGAAACUAACUUGAUUAACAACUAAUGUGGGUGCCUAAACGAUACGAUACGAUAAACCUCUUCACGAAAGAAUAUUUAAAGAUCCCUGUGGACACAUCUCAUACUCACAGCAAUGUCAUCCUCCAGUGGUCCACUGACUGAGGAGCUUCAGUGCUCUAUAUGUCUGGACGUGUUCACUGAUCCAGUCAGCACUCCGUGUGGACACAACUUCUGCAAGACCUGUCUGAAUAAGUACUGGGACAACAGCCAGACCUGCAACUGUCCAUAUUGUAAAGAAACGUUCAACCAAAGACCUGAUCUUAAGAUUAAUACCACACUCCGAGAGAUCGUAGAUCACUAUGAAAAGAAAAAUCCUAAAGAAAAACCUGAAGUUCUGUGUGACUUUUGUGAGGAAACAAAGCUGAAAGCCCUGAAGUCAUGUCUGGUGUGUCAGAGCUCUUACUGUGAAACUCACUUGCAGCCUCAUUUUAAAGUGGCAGGUUUAAAGAAACACAAACUGAUGGAUCCUGUGAGUAAUCUGGAGCACUAUAUAUGUCAGAAACAUGAGAGACCUCUGGAGCUGUUCUGUAGAGAUGAUCAGACAUGUGUGUGUCUGAUGUGCACUGUGACAGACCACAAGAACCACAACACUGUUCCUAUAGAAGUGGAGAGUGGAGAGAAGAAGACUCAACUUAUGAAGACACAGAAAGACAUACAGCAGAUGAUCCAAGACAGAAUCAAGAAGAUUCAAGACAUCAAACACUCAGUAGAAGUCAGAAAAAGAUUUUUUACUGAACUGCUGGAGAUGAUGGAGGAGCAACAGAAAGCAGCAGAGAAACAGGAGCAAGACCUCGUUGAAGAUCUGGAGCAGGAGAUCACUGAGCUAAAGAUGAGAAACACUGAGCUGGAGCAGCUCUUACACACUGAAGAUCACCUCCACCUCCUACAGAUUUACUCAUCCCUGUGCGGCCCUAGAAAACCCAGGAACUGGCCUGAGAUCAGUAUGAGGACUUAUAAGAAUCUGAAGAUUUUGAGGAGAACUCUAUCUCAACAGCAGGAAACUCUAGAUAAGAAACUCACGCAAACUGAGCUGAAGUGGAUGCGGCAGUAUGCAGUGGAUGUGACUCUGGAUCCUGAUACAGCUCAUCCAUGUCUCAUCUUGUCCAAAGAUGGAAAACAAGUGAGAUGUGGAGACAUUUGGCAGAAACUCCCUGACAACCCAAAGAGAUAUGAUAGAUAUACAAAUGUCCUAGGAACAGAGGGAUUCUCAAGAAAAUUUUAUUUUGAGGUGCAGGUGAAGGAAAAGACUAGAUGGGAAUUAGGAGUGGCCAGAGGAUCUGUUUACAGGAAGGGAGAAAUCAAACUGAGACCCACUAAUGGAUACUGGACUGUGUGGCUGAAGAAUGGCCAUGAAUAUGCAGCUCUCUCUGAUCCUCCCGUUUCUCUGUUUGUGAGAGUAAAGCCACAGCGUGUCGGUGUGUUUGUGGAUUAUGAGGAGGGUCUGGUCUCCUUUUAUGAUGUGGAGUCCAGCUCUCAUAUCUACUCUUUCACUGGUCAGUCUUUCACUGACAAACUCUAUCCAUAUUUUAGCCCAGAUCUAAACAUUGAAGGUAAAAACUCAAGCCCACUGGUCAUCACACCAGUCGAUUACAGUAAAUGAAUUUACUCCUCUAUGAAGGUUUAGGUGUUUUUUCUUUUUAAUUGAAAAUCUGAAAACAUAAUCUAUUUGUUACUUCUGGAAGGAUGACUUGGCCUUAUAUGCCUCUGAAGUUUGUGAAACUCUGUUGCAAAGUUGUGUUGUUGUAAUUUCUCAUGCUUUCUGUUUGUCCAAAACUGUGACUUUUUUAGAACACCAAAUAAGUAUUUUUCCCCCUACUGUGAUGUGUAUCCAAGUGAAACAGCUUAUAGAACAAGAAAAAACGUACAGCGGGACUUGAUUUUGUCCAUUGGGAAUUGGAUCUUUGUUUGCUAUUUCUGUGAUUGCAUGUGAGUGACAGGUUGCUGGAGGUUAUUGUCAAGGGCACAUGCAUUACAAAAAAUAUGUGCACAAAUAUAUAAUUUAUAAUA